UUGUCGAGCGUCAGAUAGAGUCCGUUUUUUGCGAUAUUCGCUUGUUAUUACUCCUCAAAAGCACAAAGCUUACCAGUCGCACAUAGUAGUUCCGUGCGUGAUAUAGUGAAACAUGUUGCAGAAAGCGGUUAUUGCGCUUGUGCUUUCCAGCUGCAUGAUUGGUUUAUGCGUCUGUAUUCCUACGAGAAUCGCCGGCGACUUGGCUAUUCUUCGUCUCUGUAAUGCCUCGAGUACAGUCAGUUUGGACACGGUUAAUUCGGUCCUGAUCCAUCGCGACAUGCAUCAUUCGCAGGCGAAAACGGACGCGCUCAAGUGUUUCCUGCUCUGCAUUUACGUCGAAUACGGUUGGAUGGAUCGUGAUGGAGGCUUCGAAUUGCACAGCAUUAGAUCAGCUUUGCAGGCAGCUCAGGUUCCUCAAGAUCGGAUCGAGAUGCUGUCAUACGGAUGUACGGCAAUUGAAUCGUCAAGUCCUUGUAAUCGAGCGUCUAUCUUCACCGAAUGUUUCUGGUUGCAUACCGAAAAUGGAUUACAAGAAGCGACAGCAGGACCUGCCAUGAAAUAAUCAAUCGAAAAAGAAUCCUUGGAUCACGGGAGGUCGAAUUCGAAAGUGCAGAAAAAACCAGUUUCCUGGUAAAAGUGAUUUGAUAAAAAAAUGUGUCGAAGUUGAUCGAAGGCUGCUGCUUCCGUCAUGAGUUACACGUAAAAGUGAAUUCUUCAGACUUCAGAAUUAAACUGAAGGUAUUUUAGAGUCACGGUGAUUAUGGCUUGUGUAAUAUUCAAGUUUAACACGCAAACUAAUAAUUUUUCGUAGAAAUAAUCGCUGGCUAAAUAUAACUUAGAAUGAUUUCAGUCACUUUUGAUUUAUCGACCGUACGCGAUUCAAAAAGGUGACUACGAAAUACAUGUCAAUGAAAAGCUAAAUCUAAUAAAACGAAAAAUUUAAAUUCAAUCGCAAUUAGUGAUUAGGUGUGAAAGUUUUGUUCAAAAUACCCCGCUGGGUAUAGUGUGCUUAUCUGCUUCAAAGCCUCUUUGAUCUGCUUUUGCUCAAUGAAAUUACAUCGGAAAAAACGUAACCUUGGUGUUUUGAGAUAUGAAUAUUUAUUGAUUAUUUGAUCACACAUUGGUUAAUAUAUAUAAAUUAAACUACGUCUUACGUAGCUAACAUUGUACUUUGGUGUGUUUUAUUGAUGGAGCUUGAGCUCCGAAAAUGGCAGACCAGACUCAUUUCGCUCAUAUUCGCACACUGCGCCUUGAUUGUUGUUAUGUAAAAUUGAAAUGUUUCGAAUUUUCAAGAUACGAAACUAGGUUCGUUUCGGCUAAUUCCAGAUGU